AUGGAUGGCAAUAACAUACAAUUUGAGCCCCAGACAGGCUCUUCCUCUUCAGCAACGGCAGCAAAGAACACUGCACCAAAGUAUACAAAUGAGCAAGAGAAGGAACCUACAACCAACAAUGAUACUAGCUUCUUCACACAAUUAUCAGAGAAUUUGAAAUACGUGUUCAAUAGCCCGUUACCUACCACUACACAGUUCCCAACUCCUUACUCUUCCAAUCAACUCACUUCACAAAGUGGAAAAUCUAAAAAGAGUGUUAAUAACAAUAGUAAUGGGGUACAGAAGGAAAAUGACUCAUCUUCAUUAAUGGAAAAUAGUAUCCUUCCCGGGUUAUCCCUAGGUGCUUCAACCAAUGCAAACCACCAAACGAACAAGGACCCAUCGAGAAAUACAGUGGAGGAGAAUUUAAAUGAUAUGAAUAUUCAACCAUCCUCCGCAUUACAAUUUGGCAGUUCAUUCCCUAAUGAAUUUCUGUUGACUUCUCCUGCACAAUUGAAGGAAUUUUUAUUAGAUUCUCCAGCACCAGGUGGGUUCAACUUCUUUCAAAAGACACCGGCAAAGACUCCAUUAAGAUUUGUCACAGAUUCAGAUAAUGCAAGAACUCCUUCAAGUUCCAAGAUUGGAUUCCCUUAUACUUCAAUGAAUAUUAAUAAUACUAGCAAUAACAUCAAUGAAAGUUUAUUGAAUUCACGAACACCAUUAAGAAAAAUAGAUUUGAAUUUAAUGUUUAAUUCUAAUCAAUUAUCACCAUCAAAACGUUUAUCUAUGUCAUUAACACCAUAUGGGAGAAAAGUUCUUUAUGAUAUUGGUACUCCAUACAAUACCAGUAAUAGCAAAAAUAAUAAUAAUAAUAACAACAACAUUGCCCUUGUAGACUUUAGGAAUGCCAAGAAGGAUGAUAUGAUGAUGCCCGACGAAAAUAAUAAUACUACUAAUAAUAAUGAUUCUUUAUUAACUACACCAAGGAUAUCUAAGCAUUCGCAGAAACUUGUAAUGACACCAAAUCAGAACACUAAAUUAACUAAAAACGACACUAAUGAACCACAUGGUGACAUAUAUGGUUCCUCUCCAACAACAAUUCAAUUAAAUUCGUCUGUUACUAAAUCCAUUACAAAAUUAGAUGCACAUACCAUCCCUGUCUUAUCAAGAACAAUAAUGAUGGAUCCAAACAUUGAUGAACAAUUAUUUCAAAAUGAGUUAACAGCUAGCCCGAAUAGGAGAAUACCGCCAUUGUCACCAACUCCAAAAAAUAAUCUAUCUUCUAAGAACAACAAUAAUGCUGAUAACAUUUUGAAAAUACUUGAUCUACCCAAGAUGGGGUCAUUUAAAAGUGAAAGAACGUUAUCAAUAGCUUCAAAUAAAUCCACCGUUUCAACCGUACCAUCAUCCACGACGGCCACUGCAUCAACAUCAUUCACAAAUAAUACUAAUAAUACCAAUAACAACAACAGCAAACAACAUAAACCAGGUAAAGUCAAAAAGGCAACAAGGAAACAGCCCAAAUUUCAAAUCAUUGUAUCAAGUGCACAUAAAUUUAAUUCCACUGGAUCCACAACAACGGUGAUACCGUCAUCGGUAUCAGGAAAGGGUCAAAAAAUUAAAACUGGAUUGAAAAGAUCACAUUCCUCGAUAUCAUCCAAAAAAUCAACGCAACAAAACAAAUCAACUUCACGAAAUGGUCUUUCAAACUCUCAAUAA